AUGCGCCACACCCAGUGGACGCGGCUGAACCAAUCAGAGGGCGCCGUGCGGAAAGUUCUCCUUUUAUGGAGAGGGGCUGCAGCACGAGCUCAUAAAAUCCUGCAAUUUAUCGGCCUCCAUUGCAGUCAAGUUCAGACACUAAAGCCUACCGGAGUAGACACAGUCCUCCUCAGCCGAAAACCCUCCCUCACACAGGUAAGACAGCUGCCGAAAAAAAAAAUGGAAGACGAAAUCGCCGCCCUCGUUGUUGACAACGGAUCCGGUAUGUGCAAAGCUGGCUUUGCAGGAGAUGAUGCUCCACGUGCUGUGUUCCCCUCCAUUGUUGGACGGCCCAGGCAUCAGGGUGUGAUGGUUGGUAUGGGCCAGAAGGACAGCUAUGUUGGUGAUGAGGCACAGAGCAAAAGAGGAAUCCUGACCCUCAAAUACCCCAUUGAGCACGGUAUUGUCACCAACUGGGAUGACAUGGAGAAGAUCUGGCAUCACACCUUCUACAAUGAGCUGAGAGUUGCCCCUGAGGAGCACCCAGUCCUGCUCACAGAGGCCCCCCUGAACCCCAAGGCCAACAGGGAAAAGAUGACCCAGAUCAUGUUUGAGACCUUCAACACUCCUGCCAUGUACGUGGCCAUCCAGGCUGUGCUGUCCCUGUACGCAUCCGGUCGUACCACUGGUAUUGUCAUGGAUUCCGGUGAUGGUGUGACCCACACUGUGCCCAUCUAUGAAGGCUACGCUCUGCCCCACGCCAUCCUCAGGUUGGACCUGGCUGGCAGGGACCUCACAGACUACCUCAUGAAAAUCCUGACUGAGAGGGGUUACAGCUUCACCACCACAGCCGAGCGUGAGAUUGUGCGUGACAUUAAGGAGAAGCUGUGCUACGUUGCACUGGACUUUGAGCAAGAAAUGGGAACUGCUGCCUCCUCUUCUUCCCUGGAGAAGAGCUACGAGCUGCCUGACGGACAGGUCAUCACCAUCGGAAACGAGAGGUUCCGUUGCCCUGAGUCCCUCUUCCAGCCCUCUUUCCUUGGUAUGGAGUCUUGCGGUAUCCAUGAGACUACCUUUAACAGCAUCAUGAAGUGCGAUGUUGACAUCCGUAAGGACCUGUACGCCAACACUGUGCUGUCCGGUGGUACCACCAUGUACCCUGGCAUCGCUGACCGUAUGCAGAAGGAAAUCACCUCCCUGGCUCCCACCACCAUGAAGAUCAAGAUCAUUGCUCCCCCAGAGAGGAAAUACUCCGUAUGGAUCGGAGGCUCCAUCCUGGCUUCCCUGUCCACCUUCCAGCAGAUGUGGAUCAGCAAGCAGGAGUACGAUGAGUCCGGCCCCAGCAUUGUCCACAGGAAGUGCUUCUAAAUAGACUGUCAGUCCCCACCCCCAAAACACACACUGCUACAAAUCCAAACGACUGGCUCUGCAUACAUGCCUACACCAACACACUGG